AUGCAACUCAGAAAUUCUUCCUCAACUUUUUGCGAAUUCCAUCUACAAGUGAAUAAAGAGUUGAUUUCGAAAAACUUUGAAUUGCAUGUUGUCGGGGAAAACGGCGUUCGUGAAAAAGUCAAUGAAAAACCAAGCAGAUGCUACUACCAGGGGUACGUGAACGGAAACUCCAGCUUGAAAGUCGUCCUGGCCGUCUGCAGAACUAUACGGCCGGGAUCUCUGCUAUCGAAUGCGGUCACUGCCAAAGAAAAGCCAGGCACUUUACCGCAACACCAUCGAACCGCCCUUUGUCGUGUUAUUGGAUUUUUCAAUUUGAACAACGGGCUCUACAAUGUAAUUUCCUCCGACAAAGAUACGUUCUCCAUUGUUGACGUACUGAAGAUCCCAAAGGAUGUGAAGUUUUACUGUGGCAUGGGAAACGAAACUAUUGGAAUAUUUGACAGAAACAACAACUUGUUUCCCAGCUUGAACGUUUCGAAAAAACGGGUCGAAAAGAAGAGUGUCGAAUUUGACAGAAGGGUCCGCAUCAUUAAAACCUUCUUCACCAUUGACUUCACUCAGCCACAAUAUAAAUGGCUGGCUAAAAUGUUGAAAAUCUGUAAACCAUCGGGUGUUCCUUACUCAAGUGAAAUUACAAUAGAGCAAGACAUAUCCAAUCAACUGUAUGAAGACAGUGGAAAAGAUGAAAACAAUGCAACCGAAAGACUUCUCUUGGUCAUUAAUGGUGCUUCAGUGUUCUUUCAAGAUCAGGACAUAUUUAUAAGUGUCGUUGGAAUUGAUAUCUGGAGUGCGCCGAAAUUCGAUAUAAGCUCCGAUGGAAAGGAAUUCAUUAGCUUUUGGAUAGAUUACCAAGACACAAACGUCAGGCCGACAGCUGUGAAUCACGACGCCAGCGUCAUAGUCAUGUUAGUACUUUUUGGAGUUCCGGUCAAAAUAGGUGCUAAUUUUGAUAAGAGUAUGGAUGAUAAAAAAUUUAUGGGUGUUAGUGACUACCAUCAUUAUUUGGUGAAAUACUUUUGUAGAAAUAAAGAUAUGGGUCCGAGUCUUGGCUACGCUGCAACUGGCUCAAUGUGCAAGCCGAAUGCUGCCCUGUGGGUCAAGUUCAGUCCAUAUGACAUCACGUCGUCAGCCACUCUCACUCACGAACUUGGACACGUCUUGAGUUUGCGGCACGACAAUAGUUAUCCAGACUGCUCCUGUAGUAAAGACCCGUGCGUCAUGGAAGACGCCAUUGAGUGA